AUGGGGGAAUGGCAGAGAAGCAGAACGAUUCAUUGUCUAACUAACAUUGAGAUUGUCAGAGAAGAAACAAUUUCUGUACAGCAUGGUAAUCAGUAUUAUGCCUACGAGGCUCUAAAACUGGGAAGAAGAAAUUUUUCAGCUACACCUGUUUCCGUAAGGUUACAAGGACCAUUAAAUGGAACAGGAACGGGUCGUGUUGAAGUAUUCUUUCGUGGUUAUUGGGGAACAAUUUGUGAUAAUGGGUGGGAUAUGAGAGACACAAGAGUUAUUUGUCGUCAACUUGGUUAUCCCGAUUCUGUUAGAACUCUCAAAAGAAACGAGGCUCCUUCUGGUUCUGGACAGAUAUGGUUUUCUUACCUCUCUUGUUCUGGGGAAGAGCAAAAUAUAACAAGUUGUUCUUAUAGAUGGGAUUAUCCUUAUUGCUCACAUUACGCAGACGUUGGAGUAAAAUGUUCAACAACAGGUUACAAGGCCCAUUAA